AAUCCACUUCAUUUCACACCAUUUUAUCUCUCCCAUGAUCUUUUCUCUCUCAUUUCUCUCUUCUCACAAUCUCUUCCAACCACAAAAUUCAAAGUGUGUUCUCACAGGAAAGGAGAUACUGAGAUGGACAACAAGCCAAGCGUUUGGAGUAAUAAGGUUUUAUUACUAGUGGCUGUUGGUCUCCUCUUGUUUUUAUCUGUAAGAAUUGAGGUUAAUUACCACUACCACCACAAAUUAGCCAAAGAUGACAUUGAGAUAAUCAGGAUGAUCAUGAUGAUUAUUGGGCCUCUCCCCCCUCCAGAUGUUGUAAUGAUUCGGAAGAUGAUGAGAAGUUAUUAUUCUUUUCACCUUCACCAUCACACUUACAACUCUAUCAACAACGUGAUGAAAAGAGAAGUACCCGAUGGACCUAAUCCCAGUCAUCACAAGGACAUACGAUAUUGAGUUCUGGAAAGCUUGAAUUCUACGCGAUGGAUGAGCGAAGGUUGGAAUUGAAUUCGUCGGAGUCGAGAAUUCAGAUGCAAGGAGUCGAUCAUUUGGAAAUAAUUAAGUUAGUAUUGCAUGGACAUAUUGAAAAUAAAUAAAUUUCCAUUUGGAAUUGGAUGUAUAUA